AUGGUGACUCAAUUAAAGGACAUGGAAGAGACCGUUAAGGAACAAGCGGCUCAAAUCCAACUACUACUGACUCAGCUAACCCUCACCUUAAGGAAAGUGGGGGUUAUUAAGGAACACAAACGAAACUGUAUCCUAGGACAAUCACACAAGUCUACUGAAGCUGAGCAAGCACUGUCAGAUGGAAAUCAUAAGUUAAAAUUCCAAGAUAAACAAUUGCUUACCUUGACAACUGGAUAUCAAAACAGAAUGAUUAGGAAAGCAAAAGAAAUCCGUAAACACGAAAAUAAGUUCAACAGAAAAAAAGAAGUAUUGAAGCUAGAUAAAAUGUGGACGCCAGUGCUCAAAAACACCACAAUUGCUAAACAGAUAAGAACGGCCAACGAACAGGACGAAAUUUCUAGAACAUCAGUUGUUUAA